AUGUCUGUGCUUUCAAAUCCUUAUUCGCCUAAUGUGGCCGAUUUAGUGUCUAAUGUUAACAAAUUCCAAAUUAUUGAGUCGACUUUGAGAGAAGGUGAACAAUUUGCCAAUGCAUUCUUUAGUACAGAGAAGAAAAUCGAAAUUGCCAAGGCAUUGGAUGAUUUUGGUGUUGAUUACAUUGAAUUGACCUCUCCUGUAGCGUCUGAACAAUCCAGACGUGAUUGUGAAGCUAUUUGUAAAUUAGGCUUGAAGGCAAAGAUCCUAACUCACAUUCGUUGUCACAUGGACGAUGCAAAAGUCGCUGUGGAGACUGGUGUAGAUGGUGUGGAUGUGGUUAUUGGCACUUCCAAGUUUUUGAGACAAUAUUCCCAUGGUAAGGAUAUGAACUAUAUCGCAAAGAGUGCGAUCGAGGUUAUUGAAUUUGUCAAAUCUAAAGGUCUAGAGAUCAGAUUUUCUUCCGAGGACUCCUUCCGUUCUGAUAUCGUGGAUUUGUUAAAUAUCUACAAGACUGUCGAUAAGAUUGGUGUGGAUCGUGUGGGUAUUGCCGAUACGGUUGGCUGUGCCAACCCAAGGCAAGUGUACGAUCUGGUUAGAUCAUUGAAAUCGGUGGUGUCCUGUGAUAUCGAGUGUCAUUUCCACGAUGAUACCGGUUGUGCCAUCGGUAACGCUUACUCUGCUCUAGAGGGUGGCGCCAAGCUUAUCGAUACAUGUGUUUUGGGUAUUGGUGAGAGAAAUGGUAUUGUCCCACUGGGUGGAUUAAUGGCUAGAAUGAUUGUCUCGGCUCCCGAAUAUGUCAAGUCCAAGUACAAUUUGAAGAAACUACGUGAUUUGGAAACUUUAGUCGCUGAGGCAGUAGAAGUCAACUUGCCUUUCAAUAACCCUAUUACUGGGUUCUGUGCCUUCACUCACAAGGCCGGUAUCCACGCAAAAGCUAUCUUAGCUAAUCCAUCUACUUACGAGAUUUUGAACCCAGCAGAUUUCGGUAUCACUAGGUACAUUCAUUUCGCCAAUAAGCUGACCGGUUGGAACGCUAUCAAGUCAAGAGUCGAACAACUAAAUCUUCAAUUGACUGACGAUCAAGUUAAGGAAGUUACUCAAAAGAUCAAGCAAAUGGGUGAUAUUAGACCAUUAGGUAUCGAUGAUGUUGAUUCCGUUAUCAAGGACUACCACUCUGCUCUAUAG